AGCAAGAGCAAACUAGCUUCACUAGUGUUACUUUGCUCAACUUUGGAGGCCUUUGUUCAAUAGGAACCAAUGUCUAUCCCACCAGCACACAAUUCUGUACUGCCUGGAAUUCAACUGAUGGCCACCGGAAAUGGAGAUCCAAUAGCAACUGCACAUUUUGUCAUCAACAUUCCCUCGAUACCUUCUCAUCGUUUUUUGGAUAACGACAAUAGAGACGCAUACCUUGAUAAGUGCGUGCCACUCAAUAAGUAUGCACUAAAAGGCAAUUGGGAAGCUGCUGAACGAAUUUUGAAGAACGAUCCAGAAUUUUUGACUUCUAGCAUAACAAGAGGAGGGGACACUGUCCUUCACAUUGCAGCCGGAGCAAGACAUGUUCACUUUGUGGAGAAACUGGUCGAAAUGAUGGAUGAACAAGACUUGGCACUGGAAGACAUGGAAGGAAAUACGGCCUUCAGCAUUGCUGCGGCAGCCGGAAGUAUUGAAAUUGCACAGAUUAUGAUGAAGAAGAACAGGUAUUUGCCAACCAUUCGAGGUGGUGAAGGAAUGACACCACUCUAUAUGGCUGCCUUGAUGGGACAAUCUGUAAUGGCAGAUUUCCUGUACUCUGCAACCAAGGAAAUGUUGGAGGAAGCCGACCAGCAAUCGUUGUUUUUUACCUGUAUUGAUAAUGGUUUGUAUGACCUAGCAACGAAGAUGCUCAUAAGUAACAAAGCAUUAGCCAAGGCUCGUGAUGUAAAACAGGAAACAGCUUUGCAUAUCUUGGCUAGAAUGCCUUCAGAAUUCACCAGCCAAAGUCCAGGAAUGUGGAGUAGACUCAUCAACUCAUGUUGGAAGUUCUCAUACUAUAGAAACUUGAAACAAGUCGAUGAUGCCCUUCAACUAGUCGAAUGCCUUUGGACAGAAAUCUUGAGAAGUGAUCAUGAUGAUAUGAUGGGACUAAUCAAACAUCCUUCCAAAUUAUUGUUCGAAGCUACAGAAUUAGGAAAUUAUGAGUUCCUGGCAGUGCUUAUUAGGUCUUAUCCUGAUUUAAUAUGGCACCUUGAUGACAAAAAUCGGAGUAUAAUACAUGUUGCUGUUUUGCAUCGUCAUGCAAGUAUCUUCAAUCUAGUGCAUGAGAUAGGCUCAAUCAAGGAUAUCAUAGUGACAUUUACUGAUGAUGAGAGUAAUAACAUCUUACAUAUGGCUGCAAAAUUAGCACCUCCAAAUCAACUCAACCUUGUAUCAGGAGCAGCGCUUCAAAUGCAGCGAGAGUUGGUAUGGUUUGAGGAAGUAAAAAAGACUGUACAACCUCCCUCUAUAAGGAUGAAAAACCAGAAAGGAAAAACACCACGGGAAUUAUUCACAAGUGAGCAUGAAGAGUUGUUGCACAAAGGUGAAGCAUGGAUGAAGCACACUGCAAAUUCUUGUAUGAUUGUUGCUGCUCUUAUCGCUACUGUUGUGUUCUCGGCAGCAUUUAGCGUACCUGGUGGGACAUCUGAUAAUACAGGAGAGCCACACUUUCUAAAAGAGACCGCCUUCCUAUUCUUUGCCAUAGCAGAUGGAGUAGCACUCGUUUCCUCUUCAACUUCAAUACUGAUGUUCUUGUUCAUCCUCACAUCACGUUAUGCUGAAGGUGAUUUCCUCAGAUCAUUGCCAUUGAAGUUGAUGAUAGGACUCACAUCACUUUUCAUCUCAAUAGCAUCCAUGAUGGUAGCUUUUAGUACAACCUUCUAUUUAGACUGUCACUAUGGAUUAGGAUGGUUGCCGAAUCUUAUAUUUGUAUUUGCAUUUGUCCCCGUGGCGUUAUUUGCUUUUCUGCACUUUCCUCUCUUGUCUGAUAUGUUUUCUUCAACAUAUUGUUCAACUCUUUUAUUUCAGCCAUGGAAACAUAUGAUCAACUAGAAGUCAAUUAAAGCUGUAUUUUUGUAC